UAGACUGGCUAAACAUUAAAGUCAUGCAAUGCUAAUUUCCUUGAGUAGCUUCCUACUGAAUGUGCUUGUUUGCCAGGGUGAAUAUUGGACUUUCAUUAGGCAGGUAGACACAAACAUGAAUGCCAGUGAAUGCCAAUGUUUCUCUGUAUCUGCUGGAUGUUUAAAUAUGCAUCUGUUUGCUAUGGUAUCACAAAUGGUGAUUAUGUGAUACUGUUGUGGCAGUGGCUGAAGAACAAGUUGCAAGUUUGCAUUGUGAGCUUAAAAAUCUAAUAUAGUCUAAUAUAGCCAUAAAUGUUAAAUAUUGUUAAACUCUAUUAAUAAACUUUAUUUUCUCCAACACAGGAGCGAAGCGUAUUUGAUUUGAUGCCUGAAGGAUCCUCCGGCCUUGUUACUAAACAAUGGCGGAGUCUGCACUGUCUCCCAGCAGACAGCUUGGCAUCCACCCCAGCCUCCAGACCUUCAAGGACCUAACAGGGAUAUUUUUCAUGGUGACCCUGAAUGUUCUGGCACUUCUGGCCAACACUGCUGUGCUAGUUGUUGUCAUAAAAGCACCUCAUCUCAGGAAAUUUGCCUUUGUGUGCCAUCUGUGUGCAGUGGACCUGCUUUGUGCCAUCUUGCUCAUGCCUCUUGGGAUUGUGUCCAGCUCUUCAUACUUUGCUGAUGUGAAACUGACUGCACUAGAGUGCCAGAUCUAUGUCUUCCUUAAAGUAAUCCUCAUAGCUGCCUCUAUCUUCACCAUCACGGCCAUCAGUGUGGAACGUUACUACUACAUCGUCCAUCCCAUGCGCUAUGAGGUCAAGAUGACACUGAAGCUGACUGCAGCAGUGAUAGUGAUGGUGUGGGUGGCCUCUGCAGUGCUGGGAUUGUCCACUCUGUUUGGUUGGCCAUCCUACAGCAGCCAGAGCUCCAUCCACGCUGCACAGUGCUUUCUGUAUUGGACCAACAGGGACUACAGACGAGUUUUCUCUAUACUCUUUAGUGUCAUCUGUUUCUGCUUGCCUGCUGUUGUGAUUUUUGCUGUAUACUGUAAUGUGUAUAAGGUAGCCCGUGUGGCUGCCCGCCAGCACGGACCUCUGCCGCUGUGGACAACCAGUCAAGUGAAACAUCGCUCGGACUCAAUUAACAGCCAGACUACCAUCAUCACAACUCGCAACGCCCCACGCAGGACAAUGCGCGACCGGCCUUUCGGCGGAGGUAAAGCUGCUCUCACUCUGGUGGUUAUUGUUGGCCAGUUUCUGAUCUGCUGGCUGCCUUACUUUGCCUUCCACCUCCAUAUGACGCUGGAUGCAACACUCGGGAUAUCUGUUCAUCUGGAGGAAGCAGUCACCUGGCUGGCAUAUUCCUCCUUUGCUAUUAACCCAUUUUUUUAUGGACUUCUUAACCGGCUGAUCAGAGAAGAACUUUGUAAGCUGCGGCGCUGCUACUCAGCCCGCCCAGUUGAGUUGGCCAUAUCAAGCCAUGAGGGCUCAGGCCACGAGAACUUCCUGCAGUUCCUCCAUAGGACCAGUGCCACGAUAGAGACACGUGCAAGCUUCACUACAUCCAGUCCUAGAAGCACUCUUGAUCAAACUGGGCAGACCGGCUUCAGGAUACCAGGACAGAUCCCAGAAGAGUUCAGUUAGAUAUACCUCACUGUUGUGCUACAGCAGUGCUUAAUGACUGUCUGCAAUAUGUUUUUAAACUGUAUUUGUAUGCGGUAAAUGCUAAACUUAACAUAUCCCUUUUCCUUUUAUGUGAGAUUACACCCAAAAACAAUGCUGUUAGUGAAAGCUAAUGGACACAGUUUCUCACAUUGUUGUUAUUGUGGUAAAACUAGUAGCAAUAAAGUUACACUUUAUUUCUACUAAACUAAAUUGCUAAAGCAAAGUGACUGUUUAUCUACAAUCAAUACAUCUAUUUCAUUAAAAGGUAAUACUAAUCUCUCGUUGAUCAGUAAGUCAUGAGAGUGUCAUCAGAAGACAGACCUACAGGUAAAUACUCAAGAGCACUUGUUCUUAUAUCAGAUAUCAUUAUAUUCCAACAAUACUCUUUGUAUGAGUAAUUCAGUGUUGUCAUAUUGUAUUUAAAUGCUGCAGGAAUAUAUGUGAAUUUUAUUUAUUGAACUCAAAAGACAUCACAUUUUGCUCAAAAUGUAUUGUUGCUUAUGGCUUUAAAUGUGCAAAUAAAAAUUCUGGUUACUAGAUCAUAGAAUAUCAUUGUAAGUAAACAUUUAAUGUUAGCAAGAGAUAUGUUUAUGUUUUCUCAGCUGUUUCUAGGGAAGACAGUUCAAGAAUUACAUAUGAUUGGCCAGCAAUAAUAAUUUUGUAUUUUCUGAUAACAGAGAAUAAUUA